AUGGUCGUGAACGGGCGGCCCCUCAAGCGAGCGAAGAAGCGUGUCACGGCCGAUCUCUACGACCUCCUGACGUUUCCGGCGGGGGCGGGGAUCGGCUUCGACGGUCCCUUCCGGACGAACGUGAGAUCCUUCCUCUCCCGGCACGCGCGGCUGCCGCCUCCUUCUUCCGUUCUCUCCCCCGCCGCGGCGCCGCACCUGCUCACCUGGCGAGUCUCCUUCCGGAUCGGAGGGCCGAAGACGGCGGAGGAGUCGGGGGAGGAGGAUACCGAUCGCAAAGCCGCCGACGAUUCCCCCUCGGCGUUCGUCGUCGAUCUCGACGUGGUCGAAGAAGACGUCGCGAGAUCCAGAUCGGUGUACUGCGACCAGUGCCGCGUGGUUGGUGAGUCAACUCAGUGAUCGAUCCCUCCUUCCAUCGCGUCUCUUCACCGCCUUCAUCCUCGUUUUUCCUGCCCAUCCUGAUCAGAUCCGGCGACUCUCCCUCUCCGGUCGGGAAUCCGGUUCCCAGUCCACCCCAUCGGUCAAUCUUCCGUUGACUGCCAGCUGGCACGCCAUUUAAAACAUUUAAUCUCCCUCUCCUCCUUUUAUCUCUCGAGCUCACGGGGUUGCGGUGAUCGUCAGUCCCGUUGAUACCUGCUUUAUCGGAUUUCCUCCUGCGAUCUCCUUCUACCGCCGUUUCACGUGCGCUGUCUAAAUGGCCACCGUGGAGGAUUUCGUUGUCGUUUUUCGUUCUGCUACUCGGAAAAAACCAUCCCAUCUUCGUGAUGUGCUCCCUGCCGUACCUCGUACGACCGCGGAAUCCGCCGCUGAGGGAAGCGUAGGCUGUGUGGUUGGGGGGGGGGGCAUCUGCUAACAGUUGUUUACUGUGUAUUAACACCGAUGGUAACUAUGGUUCGUGGUCCAGGUUGGAGCGGGCACCCUGUCUGCGGUAAGCGCUAUCACUUCAUCAUUCGGAAUGAGCUCACCUCCUCAACACAUCCCGAUCAGAGUUGUAUGAGAUGUGGGUCGAUGCUGCAGUUCCUGGAUACGAGGCAAGGGCUUUAUACUCUCUCUCUCUCUCUCUCUCUCUCUCUCUCUCUCUCUUUCUGGAUAUCUAUUUAUCUUCGUGGGUUUAAUGUAGGAGGGGUGGGGGAUUGACGGGCAGUUGUAUCGUCCAGGUGUUCGACCUGCAACCACGAGAUGACGGCGGAUGAUCUCGAGGACUGGGCGUACCUCCAGCUGGGGGACACCACACACUUGCUCCAUGGAGUCAUCCACACGAACGGCUACGGGCAUCUGCUCAGAGUCAACGGCCGAGAAGGCGGCUCCCGAGUUUUGACGGGAUGCGACGUGAUGGGCUUCUGGGAUCGCCUGUGCGGUAUGCUCCGUGUCAGGUAAUGAAGCUCGGUAUCAACCGACGACUCUCACAGACUUAGGACCAACGUUCACGCUCACCCUGUUUCCUAAAAGAAUUUAUGGCGCCGCGCCUAUCCCUCUACUCACUCAAUGCAACCGCGAGUCUCUCGAUUGGUUUACGGACAGAUCUGGAAGUAUCGUGAGGGAGGGCAUUGAGUUUAGUUCUCGCGAGUUACCGUCGGCGGUGAAGUUCGGGGUUUCGUGUUCUGCGCCAUUAAUUAUUUGUGACUCGCGUUUUGUGAACAUUCACAGUGUAGAAGAAUGUCUUAUUUGAACUAUCAUUAUGCUUAUUAACUACGCCUAAGAAGGGAGGGGGGAGGACCCGCAUGGUUGAUUGCUUGGUUGUUUAAUAAUUGAUUGACGCGGUGGCCUUACUUGACUGUCGCAGGAAGGUGACGGUGAUGGACAUAUCGAAGAAGCACGGGCUGGAGUACCGGCUCCUCCAUGCGGUCACCGCGGGGCAUUCGUGGUACGGCAACUGGGGCUACGAGUUCGGCACCGGGAGCUUCGCGCUCACCGUCGACGCCUAUCGAAAGGCCGUGGAGGCCCUCGCCAACCUACCCCUCUCUGUCUUCUUCUCCCACUCCCGGUCCCCCCGCGGCCCCUUGCAGGACACCAUCUCGAUGUACUGCGCCUUGUCGGACUGCCAGUUGCUGACGGUCGGCGAGUUGUUCUCCUUCGUGAUGCGUCUGCUGCGCGACGCUGAGGGGCGCCGGCCCCCGUCGGGCACCCCCGCGUGCGGAGCCGCUGCCCCUUCCGGGGUCCUCUGCGCGUGGACGGGGGAGGAGGUGGGGCGCCUGGAGGCCGCCAUGGUCAAGGUCCUUCGUGCCGCGGGGGGGUACCGGUGGGUCUCUUGGCGGGCCCUCCGCGGCGCCGUCUGCCAGCAGGCCGCCUCCUCCCUGGCCCUUCUCGAUUACUGCCUCAAGGGCCUUGCAGGGAAGUCCGCCGGGGACGGCAUGGUAGUCAUCGUGCGGUGCAACGCCGAGACCCGAGCUAUAGAAUUCAGGUAAGCUACUAUUAUUAUUGCUACUUUGCCUACCACUUCUAAUUCUCCGUAUGGAACCUAAUUAGGGGAAAUCUAUUUACCUUUGUUUGCAGUCUUGUGACAGUCGGUGGGGAACGAACGGCAGGGUGGAGUGGGCCGACAAGGCAUCAGAUCCUGCGGGAUCUGAGGUUUCUGUACGACGCGCUGCUGAAUCCUGGCACGAUGCAUCCCUAUAGGCCGCGGCCGCUGCGGCAGCUGGCGCAGCAGUACGCGAUGAGGCUCCUCGACUGCAAACAGUUCAUCAAGGACUACGACAGGAGCAGCAGCCGAGUCGGCGGGCCGAACCCUCAGGCGAUCCGCGUGUGGUGCCAGGCGGAGCUCGACCAGCCCAAGCACUAUGCGCCGCCGCCAGCGGAGCUGGUGGUCCUGCCGGUGACGGCCACGGUGGGGGACCUGAAGGCCGAGGCCACUAGGGCCUUCAGGGAGACCUAUCUGGCCUUCCAGAGGUUUCACGUCGAGCAGCUCUCGGAGUACGGUGACGUGGCCGACCGUGCCCCCGUUAAACUCUUGGUUGGCUCGGAGGGGACUGUGCGGGUGAGAGGUCGGUGGACCGGAGACCUACAGAGGCUUGGGCAGUUCAGGAUGGAGAGAGGGCUGGAGAACUGGACGGUGGACUGCUCCUGCGGGGCCAAAGACGACGACGGGGAGAGGAUGCUAGCCUGCGAUGCCUGCGGCGUGUGGCAGCACACGCGCUGCUCCGGCAUCGACGACGUCAUGGAGGUGCCCUCGAGGUUUGUAUGCCGGAGGUGCUCGGGCCCGCGGCGGCCCGGUGGGCCUGGGAGGAAGUGUAGAUACCCUAAGGACUCUUCUGGCAUGACUGGGAGGUGCUCUACCAAUGCCGCCGCCGGCCCGACGUUUAUGGACGGUGGCGGGUACGGAUGCUUGACCCAAGUGCGGUGA